GUGGUGGGCCACAAGCUCUUCCCGGGCCUGCUGAAGAACCGGUACCCGAACCACUUCCAGACGCAGUACGACAUACGUCAGAAGUGGCGAGAUGACCCGGGGCAGGCGGAGGAUGGUUCUGGGGAGAGGCGGAGGUCCCGCAGUCCAUCCUCGCGGGGGAGACGUGCCUUGGACUGCUUUGCGCCCUCCCUUCCGGAGGCCCCCAAGCGGGGUGGUGCUGGGUCCGACGAUCCAUGGCGGAACUGGGACUUCCUCGAGCAGCUCCUGUUUGAGGGGCAGGAGGCUCUUGUCGCAGUGGUGGCCUUCGUCCUGGGACUGCUUUGCCAUGGUGCUG